AUGAUUUCAGACAAACAAAAAGAAGCAAGUCAGCCAAAGAACACACAACAAUCCUCUACAAGAAUAACACCUCCUCAACCACCUGCUUCCCUUAAAAGUCCGAUUAUUCAUACAAAUCGUGUUGUCAAAGUCACAAUCAACGACCAAGAGCAAGUUUGGAAAGAGCUUGCAAGGAAUCUAUUCUCAGACUACAGAUUUCCGAUCCCAGCUUCUCUUGCAAAGAUGAAUUUCAAACAUGAAGGGGCUACAGUCUUUUUAGAAUUCAUUCCCGAGACACAAGAUUACUCAAAAUACGUACAAGUCGGCGCAGAUCCAUACCAAAGACCUUACGUAUCAAUCUACGCCGUCAGAGCCAAAUCCGCCCAAAAUCUUCCUCCUUCCACAGUUACAGGCAUUCAGAAAUGGAUCACAGAGGCCUCAAUUGUCGGAAACAGUUGGAGAGUUUUCAUUUUCCAGGAGGAUUCGUCGUUUUUCCAGUCUUCAAAAACAAUAAAUAAAGGAGAAUUAGUUUCAGACCAAAUGCAGAUGAAUAACGUUAUCAUUAUACCAUGCAAGAAGUCAAAACUAUCUGACCAAUCAGCCGAACAAGUCAAAUCAGCCAUGUCUUCCGCAGUUAUUGAAUCAUUUGCAAAAUAUGAUCAGGAUACACGUGCUAAAAUCAAACGUAAAGCUGGUAAAACGGAUGCUGUUAACUAUCUCAAGGCUUGGCGUGGUCUUUUACUUAACUAUUACGGUUAUUAUGAAGAUGCCCUCGCAUCUUUCCUUGAUGCUUAUCAAUCGGCGUUGGAAACAUUACCAACAGUACCUCUUAAGCCAUUUAACAUGAAAUGUGUUACUACUUACCCAUUUGAAAGUAUGAAUGAUAGUAUAUCCAUUUUAUAUUUCGCUUUGCAUGGUAUUUUUUCGAUUUAUUUCACUCGCGUUAAGUUUGAUGAGAUGUUUAGGUUCUUCUUAACCUUCUGGGGCCUCGUUCAAGAGAAGAAUAAAAAAGAAGAUGUCGAAAUUUGGGCUGAAGAAAGUUUAAAGAGCUUCUUAACCAUCCCAGAGAUAGCUAAUAGCAAUACUAUUAACUAUAGAAUCCUUGAAAGACUGUUUUACCUCACUCUCCAGAAAAAUACCAAAGAUGUUUCUCAGAUUCGCAAGCGUUUGCUCUUUGUUUUACCUAGUAACAUGGUCAAUACUCGCAUUGCAAUAGAAGCAAGGUACGCAAACUGGGCUGCAGAAACAAAAUCUGAGAUGCCAGAAGUUGACACGAAAACGAUAGCUUGGAAAUUCGGAGCCAUAGAAAUGUUAUUCAAUUUCGACGACGCUAUCGAAAACGCAAAUACUCGGGAAAUUGAGAGGAUUACAAAAAUUAUUUUAACCGAUAAAUCUGCUGUAGAAAAUAAGCAGAAAAUAUUCCAGAAGAUCCUUGACCUCAAAAAGGAUAUCAAAAUCCUCAAACCUUUCUCUGUUUCCAAAUUUGUCAAAUGUAGUCAGUUCGGAAGUGAAGUUGAGCAAGGCGAGAAGAUGGAUAUCAGUACAAAACUCGUAAUGCCACCAUGGUUUAACUCUCAAAUCGACCAAAUUGAUGUUGAAUUUACAAAUUCUGACGGAAACUAUCAAAUCGAGUCGAUUUACAACCCAGAAUCAGAAUUUUCCAAGAUUACAACAUCGUUUACCUUGGUUGGUGACUGGAUUGCUACAAGUAUUCGUGCUAAAAUCCAAAAUGUAACUUUCGAGUGGCCAGUUAAGGAUAAAUUCGCCAGAUUUACAGUUAUUCCGAUCCGCAAACCUCCUAUUACAGUCGUCUUCCCUGUUCUGACCAGUCUAAACAAGGAAAUGAUUUUUGAUUUCACUGUAGACUUCAGGGAGAGGCUUAACAAGGAGAUAAACAUCGAAAUGAAGUUCGACAAAGACGAUAUCGUCAUACCAGACCAGACAGGAAUCUGCGAAACCAACGGUAAAAAGACAUUUUUCAGAAUUUCCAACGGAAACAUCCUGUUUUCGUUCGAAAAAGACUGCACACUCGAUGAUUGCAUCAGUUUGGCAGGUCUAGAAAUCAAAUGCCCCAUUGCUUUCAUCAUGAAAAAGCAAAUUGAAGAAACAAAUUUAGUAAUUACUUCAAGAUUCGAUCAAUUGAAGUUCGAAACCGAAAUUCCUGCAACGUUCUGGUUCCCAAUCGAUGUAUACAUCCGCAUGAAGACCGAGAAAUUCAUGCAUGUUCGAUUAUCAAACACAAGUGAUAUAGAUUUGAGAAUUGAACAGUGCAGUAUCGGUAACUCCAAGUGGGAAAACAUCCAUUUGGAGGGCGGAGAAGUAACAUUCUUGUUAUGCGAAAAUUCCGAAGAUCAAAUCUUGAAAUUAACUGUUUCUGAACCUUUGGGAUCACGUAUUUACAAUGAAUGGAAUCUUGGCAACCAAAAGAUUGGUUUGCCAAUGAUUGACUGCGAAAUCGGAGAUUCGAAACUUGUCGAAGGCGAACCAAGCACUUUGACAAUGAAACUACCUGAAUGCGACCUUGAAAUCAAUGAAGUGAAGAGCAUUGCGAUGGCAACUGCAAUUAAAAGGCAUUUUCCAGGAGGAGAAUUGGAAAUCGACUUCAUUCCUCUGAAAUACGGCUUCAUAAGAAUGCCUACUAUAACAAUAGAUGAAGAUGAGUUCAUCCUCAAUCCACAGUAUAUCUACGUUGAAAAAUCUAACGUUCCUUCUUAUAUUCCUUUUGUUUAA